AUGUUCUUAUUUUUUCUACUUGCUUUAUUCAGUUUUCCAUUUUCCUCAAACGAGCAAAAACCCCGGAUUAUUCAAUACGACGAACAUUUGAAGAAUCUGACCACAAAAGGAGGGCUUGUAACAGACUUAUACCAGUUAGCGCCUAGUAAUGAUUCCAGGCCUUUUGCUGUCCGGGUUGUUUUCAUUACUCGUGAAGGAACUCCAACAAGCAACCCAGCUUCGUUGGUAUUAAUGCGAGGAAAAUCUUAUCUUUCCAAUUUUCUCCCGAGAAUACAGACUCUAGAUGAUUCCUCUAGAGAAUUCUACUUUCUUGCUGAAACACUUUGUGAAAAUAGAAACCUGAAAGGUAAAACCUUGACUGAGUAUAAUGAAACUGUGAUGUUGACGGUUUCCAGCAGUGUGCCUGCAUCAUAUGAACUCAAAGUCAAACAAAUUCAUGGAUAUAUUCUGAAUAUGUCUUCUAUCAAUGUUGCAUUAUCACCCUCCGAACCAAUAUUUUAUCGGUUCUCUUUCCCUGAUUUCGUUGAUGAAAUAUCAAUCAGUGUCACGUCGGAGGAUAUAUACUGUGGAAGAGUAACAAUUCAAACAGCGGAUUGUCCUGUAUUUGAUACUGAAGGCCAAGUGGUUUUGUACGACUCAUAUGAUCAUCAAACGUUCACAAAAAAGUCAUUUCUGAUUGUAAAACGCACAGACUUUGGACCGGACAUUCACGUUAUCAUCACAGUACUUCCGUUUGAUUCACCCUGUCGAAUAAAUAAGCUGAUUACUAACAGUUCAGCAGAUGAUCUCAGAGUGAAACAUGUGACUGCAGAGAUACAACAUUUCCAGCCAAAUCGCGUCGCUCAUUUCGUUCUUCUUAUCUUGUAUUUUCUUUUUCUCACCGUAUGCGUGUUAUAUUGUUAUUUUACCUACCGCAUUAACGACAACUGGAAUCCCGAAGAUGUCGGUGAAAGUUUCAACUUGUGGAAUAUGUCAUUGCCGGCACUGUUUCUGAUGACACCGAUGGCUCUUGUUGUAAUUUUCAAACACUCUAACUUGUAUUUCGCAAAAGACUCGGACACUUGCAACUUCAACUACGAAUGUUCAAUUUCGUGGGGUCCCGUCAAAGCGUUCAACAACAUGUUGAGCGCAUCAAGUAUAAUUAUUGCGGCAAUUAUAAAUAUACGCUUGUCGUUUUACUUCAAACGUCAACGUCGUUUCUUUCCACUCAAUUCGUGCGUGCUUCUUACUGGUGUCCUCUGGACCCUUAUGAACUAUUGUCCUCAGAAAGACUCUUUCCAUCUUUAUACUAUUGCAAUGAUAAUGACGGUUUUGGAAGCAAAAUUCGCUCUAUUCGGAAUUCGGAAUGAAAGAACUUAUUUUGGGCCCAGAUACAUCGGAAGUAUGACAAUGUUUUUGAUGGUUCUAAUUAUUUUCGACACUAUGGCAAUAUCCAUCAUCUUUCAUUAUAUUAUGAUUGUUAUGAUUUUUGUCACCAAUCUGAUCUACGCGUGUUUGUUUUCUUAUGCACAAGGAUUCGUACCAGUUGUUCGAGUUUAUACUGCUAUUAAACCCAUUCUCAAUGAAUGCUUUCGAUGGAUUUUUCCGUGUUGUUGCCGACAAGAUGACAAUACACAGGUUCCACCUAUACUAAGUGAGGAUGAAGUUAACGAAAGAAACAGACGGCAAGCAGCGGAACAACAGCAACAACUCCAGCAGCAACAUUACAGAGAACAGCUACCAUUACAUCCACCAUCACGAGAGACCGAUCCACACAAUUAUAGUGAGACCGAACCAUUGAUCAGAAAUGGAAGCGAAGCAGAAUAUGUUGAGAUUAUGUCUGAUGCAAACUCUGCUUCCGGAUUACAAAACGAGCAAAACCGUGGUCAAAUAGAUCAAGAACAAGAAACUGGAUUGCCAGAUAACCAACGGAUCGAAACCGGAGAACAAGAUAACCAACGUAACAGAACCGGAGUGCAAGAUAACCAACGGAAUCAACCAACGCAUAAUCAGAUACUUAUGGGAAUAUACUUUAUUGGCAACUUGGCAAUUAUUGUCGGGUCUAUUCUUGCAAUUGUGAUCUGGCCCCAAAUUGAUUCUAUAAAGAUGGUUUUAAGAACACUGCAAUGUGACUUUGCUUGGUAUUUUGUUCUUUUUUGUUAUCAAAACGAUCCUCCCACAGUUGACAAAGACAAACGUCUAAUUCGAAAUUGGUUCUGUUUCACUACGUUUAUUUUCUUGCUUCUGAUCAUUGCUUGGGGAUGUCUAUCCAUGUUUCUCCUGCCUGCAUACACUCGGUGGCCCUCUGCAGAAUCGCGUACACUCAAUGCCAGUUGUAUAUCAAAAUUGAUUGGAUUCGAUUAUCAUGACGUCCUUCAUAUUGUGUCCACGAUGAUAUGCAUUGCAUAUCCAUUGAUGGUACACUUGGUGGACGGAAACUUGCACGAAAACUAUCAUCGUGUUAAAUUUUGA